AUGGCUGGCCAUGGCAGCGUUGUGACGCAUGAAGAUUUGCGACAAGCGUACUUGAAGUACGCCCGGGUUGCCACGAGUAUUUCAUCUGGGGAGGAGGCCCAGGUGUUUCGGCUAGCAGAGAUUUUGAAGACACAUAUCAGGAAUAAAUGCGAUGCCUUUGUGAGGGGCCAUCAAGGCCUUCCCAUUUUGUUCUCAUAUUCUGCUGAUGCUACAUCAUUGCUUUGCCGAGCAGCUGCGAAUGCAAACGUGGGGCCACAUCUUGUUACUCGGCGCGGGAAAGUGUUGGAGGAAUUUCUCAUGCAGCGGGGCUACUUUAAGGCACUCUCGGCAUCUGGCGCGGAGAGCAUCACUGUGCUUUUCGCUGAAGCUGUGCCGCUACGUGAGGGAAAGACAAUGUGGAACUUGUUCGCAGCGGCAACAGACUUUUAUCCCUUGCUUCAGCGUUCUGGGCAUCGGGGGAUAUGCGUUUUCCAUGUGGCUGCAGAUCGUGCAGUCAUGGAUUCGCUUCAGCGCUUGUUACAUCAGCGGUCAGAGGCUUAUUUCACAAAUGGCCUUGGAAUGGCCUGUGGUGACCGCUUAGCUUGGCUGCAGAGCUGGCAUCUUCAUACUGGAUGCGCGGCGCAUGAUGUUGGAAACGCGCUGAAAUGGAGCCUUGCCCCGCAUGGAAAUGCUGAUGUCAUCAAGGACUUACACAUUGUCAUGGAGUCGCUUCGCAACUCAUUUGCGCUCUUGCACAUGCGGCUGCCGCGAUUUUUGCAAGGGCACUUGGUCGCGGACAUGCCGCAGGAAGACGCCGCAUCUGUCCUGGAAUUUUGGAUGGCGCUGGGGGUUGAAGCUGACUUUCUAGAAGAAGUGUCCACUGUCAAUCCUUGGUUUUCUAACGGAACUCUCCAUGUGAGCGCUGCAUUGAAAGAGGACGAGCGACUCCUCGAGAGAGUGUCCUCCGUCGUGCUGUACCUCUUCCGGUGGAGGCGCUUUGUUGAUACACGUUGGUGCACUGUGGGGCCCGCAAUGCGCUCGAUUGCUGCUUCGUUGGCUGUGGGGUUAGCGCAGAUAGUCUCUUUGACAAGAGAUGACCCUCGAGCAACUGAUUUUCAUUUACAUGGAUUUUCGCGGCUCAGGCCCCAGCAGCUGCAAUACAUGGUCCUUGCAUCCAUUGUGGCCUGGGUUCCUGACGGAGCACUGCGUCUCAUUAUGGAAGACGACAGAUUGGCCGGAAGGCAGGCGGAGCUUCGAGAGUCGCUACAGGACGAGCUAAGUUACAUUGCGUCAUUGACUUCUUUCACUUGGACACGUCUGGCCUCGCUGACGGGGGACACAGUGACGCCCACAGCGCUGAAAAGCAAGGUGCUUCACGCCGCGGAGGUAGCGUGCGCUUACAUCUACGACAAGGUGCUCCGCGUUCUGGAGAAUUUGCCUUGGUGCUUGGCCAUUGGGGACAUUGACGACAACUUGGCUGGCCUCCCCGAAGAAGAGAACUAUCAUGAUCUGACCACCAAGAAGAUUGCCGAAUUAGUGCGGUUAGGAUGGAACUCGCAACUUCUCAAAGACGCAAUCCUGCUUUUCAGAGAUGUGCAUUGGUCAACACUUGGGGUGGAGCAAGCCCAUGGCUCAGCAGCUGUUAUGCACCGGCGCCACGAGAACUCUCCAGGCAUGCUGGCUGCGCGCAGCUUUCUGCAUCAGUGCAGGCACUUGUUCGCUGACGUUGGAGCAACGAACGAAAUCAAGCGGAGGGAGUUGCUUCUACAGAAGCUGCGGAGCAAGACCCCCGCCAAGAUCUCUGGCAGACACUUGUUUCUGCGGUGGUUCAUGCAGGAAGUCAGACAAGGCCUCCCUCAGGGAACACUGAUGCCACAGAAUCUGCGGCGUGAAGUCAUGAAGCAGCACGUGGCCGCCUAUGCCACAUUGUCCCCACAGGAGCAGCUCUGGUGGCAUCAGCGUGCCGAGGCUGAGCGGGACAGGAACCUGCACACGCUCGAGGACGAGGUGCGCCAUCAGACUGACGCCCUGCGUCUCGCACACGCUCGAGCGUUGGAAGAACAGGAGCAAAUUGGCCUCACACAUGCUGCUGAGAACUUACGGUUCGCAAAGCAGGACUGGGAAGCCCUGGAUAACUUGGCAAAUAGUGAUCGCUUUUCACAUACCGAGGUGGGCCGGCUACGAGCGCGCGCCAUGAGUGCCCCGCUUGCCCCAAGAGCUGAGGUUUGCCGUGCUCUUUCUGCAGUGAGUGUCGUGCCUGUUCCGGAGCAGACGGCCUUCCGACCAGAGUGGCUUGCGAUGCUUUGCUGGAACAGAGAACAUUUCAGAUCCACAGCCCUUUUAAAGUCCACUGAGGAGGGGCAUCUGGCGUUCUAUUUUCUCUACGCAACUCAGAAGCCACUCUGCGCCUUUUUUUUGCCCAUGCGGAUUUGCCACAGACAGCUGCCCAGCCUGCGUGAUAUGUCGCAUGAGGAAGCUUGGGCUGCUUGGAACGAGGCGUUUGACAUUGCCUUCAGCAUGAAGCUUGGAGUGUCCGUCACGCACGAAGCAUUCAAGUCUACUAACACUUCUGAGCUCCUCAUUUUUCAGCAUGUGCUUCUGAAUUCGGCCACGGAGGCAACUGCCUUUGGAAGCCCCGUGCCUUUGGAUCAAUUCCUGCCGGAGACCUUGCGCCGGAAGUCGCGGGAAGCCCGACCUGGUGCUCCCCGUCCGAAGCAAGAAGACGUGGCUGCAGCACUGGCAGAGAACGCGUGGGCAGCGGCAUAUCUGACGCAGCAAACGCAGCUUGCGGUUACAGAAGGGCAAAUCGAGGAGCCGCUGCCCGAUGCAGAUGAGGUGGCAGCAGUUGAGGCAGCCUGGGCUGCCAUAGAGUCGGCCCGCGCAGAAUGGCGUGAGCAGCCGCUUCAUGGGCAGUGUGAGCAUUUUGUGACAUGUUUCCGCUCCGGCGAUUGGAACGCCAUCCAUCGCGGAAUCAAUGAAAGCGACCGAGUUGUGGCGCAAGCGUUGCCAGGCCCUCCUCGGGUUUGGUGUCAGACAUAUGCGUUCAACACCAUGGCUUCUUUUAGUUUUUCUCGGUAUGGCGAAGCAGGCUGCCACACAAUGGCUCUUGAGUGGUGUAGACGCUUGCAGUACUUUUACAACACAUGGCGGCAGCAAGAGCAGCCCAAGUACGUUUACGCGCUAGAUGAGCUGGUGUCUCAUGAGCAAACAGACGAGUGGCGAUCGUUUCUGAGCCACUUGCCUGUUACGUCAGCUGCCCGCAAGAGAGCAGACUUGAUCCAAAGCCUUUUCCCAACUAAUCCUUCGGACUAG